UUUGUUUUGUUUUUUUCUUUUUUAGAGAAGAGUAAUAGUCUGACGGCGCACUGACAGCUCGGCUUCUUGUGCAGUGUCCAGUAUUAGACGUCGGCCGGGGGAUUUCUAUGCGGUCCAUCAUGUUUGAUCACGAUGGACGCAUAUUUCCCUCAUCUUGGCCGCGCUGUCAAUGCGUUUCUUUGCCAUUCCUGCGCUUGGCUCUUCAGGGCAUGGAGCGCCAGGCGCGUUCGCUCGAAAAGGAACCUGUUGAUCGCGAGCGCCUGUUUUAUAUAUCUGUUUUUUAUCUUCACUCGCGCGGAAGAUGUUUUGCCAUGGAACAAGCCAGCUGAAAGACUAAAUCUGAAAAAAACACCUGGCGCACAGUGGUCAAAUGUCGCAGUCCAUCCAGAAUUGGAUCGCAACCCACCUGAGGAAAUGUAUUUGGAGCACAACAGUUCAAGCAUACAGCCCAACGUCGUGUACAUAACCCUGAAGUCCAAAAGGAGUAAACCUGCCAAUAUCAGAGGAACAGUAAGGCCGAAGUUCAGGAAGAAGCGCACGCUUAAAAAUGUACAAAGGGGCGCGCAAAUGCCAGGGAACCCCGAUUUCAUGGCGCAGGACCCGGGAACGCAGAAACAGUUUACCAAGGGAGGAAGGGAUGUGCCAACAAGGAUUAAAAAAGUGGCAACCCACCCCGGUGGGCAGAGAGAAGCGCAGGAGAGUAACAUAAGGAUUUACAGCGAAAGCCCACCGCCCUGGUUAAGCAGAGAAGACUUAAGCGCGCUGAGGUUUUUAGCGGACUGCAACAUCGCGCAAGUCCGACACCUUCCAUUUACCCAGCGCUCUCAUCUGCGGCUGUUUGACUCCGAGCCUUCAGACCAAAGCAGCACAGAGAGAUCGGACAGAGCCGCCUGUCGAGGGCGUUGCGGUCUCAUUAAAAGUCCAAUGGAUAUGAGCGAAGUGUUUGCUUUUCACUUGGAUCGGAUAUUAGGGCUGAACCGGACCCUCCCGGCCGUUAGCAGACGUUUCAGCUUCCUUCAAGGUGGCCAUCCUUGUCCUGCAAUUCUAUGGGACUCCUCUCUUUUGCCAGCAGACAAUGAAGAGCAGUCCACAGUAAGACUGACCUGGAAAACGUACCAGAACUCUCUUAAACAGAAAUGUUGGCAUCGUGGCAUAGUGCCUAAAGCAGAAUGGGGAUGUGCAGACGUACAUCACUACGAAUGGAGCAAACUGACUCUCUUUGAUUUCUUGCUGCAGAUUUACAAUCGCCUAGACAGGAACUGUUGUGGGUUUAAACCACGGAAGGAAGAUUCCUGUGUUGAGAAUCUCCGGUACCUGAACUGUAGCAGUCAGGAUGAUAUUAAACUUGUUCAUAUCAUCCAGAGGAGUCUUGAUCCUAGGCAUCUGGUUUUUAUUGAUAAUAAAGGUUAUUUUGACAGAGAUGAAGAUAAUCUCGAUUUUAAAUUGCUGGAAGGAAUUAAAGAAUUUCCUGAAUCUGCGGUUUCUGUGCUGAAGGGUCAGACCUUACGCCAGAAGCUCCUGCAAUCGUUGUUCCUUGAUAAGGUUUACUGGGAAAGCCAGGGAGGCCGUCAAGGAAUCGAGAGGUUAAUUGAUGUCAUCGAAAGAAGAGCAAAGAUUCUCCUCACUUACAUUAAUGCACAUGGGAUUAAAGUGAUACCAAUGAAUGAAUAACUGAAAAGACACCGUUUUGGAAAUCAAUUCUCCAUUUGUACUGGAGUCACGUCUGGGAUUUGCUUCCAUCUUGCGCUCAGUGCCACUGGGAUAAACUUUGGCCCAGUGACCAUGUGCGGGUUUGAUGGCAGAUGUGUGGACUUUCUCCUUGCACAUAAGGAAUUAUCAACAUAACUGUCAUGUAGCAGCCAGUGCAAUUUUUCAAUACUGCACUGAUCGGACAUUGGGAGAUCUUAAUCGGGAGGAACAUAUAAAGCACUUGUAUUAAAAAAUUGUAAAAUUGCACUCUGAACUUUGCUUACAGUAUUAAAAUAAUAUGUUUUUAUACUUC